ACUGUAGUUUAAAAAUAUUUUUUUUUUAUUUUGUUAAAGUCCAAGAUGUGAAGUUUAAAAUAACAAAAUAAAUUUACUCAAUUUGUUUAAAGAGUUAUAAUUUUAAAAUGAAAACAGGGAUUUCUCUUGGUAAAGUGAAUGGACUGUCAGUUAGUAGCAAAAAUGAUUGGUAAAAAUUUUAAGCGAUUUAGUAAAAUGCUUAAGAUAUUUUAAUAAGUUACUGAGUAAAAAAGCAGAUUAAUUUUUAACUUAAGAAAUAAAUAAACUGGCUUUAACAUUUUAUUCAAUCAAUCGUUUAAAAUUUUGCGCUAUUAUUUUUAACUUUUUUGUAACAUUGAAAGCAAAUUGUUUGAGUUCAUGAACCAAUAGAAGGCGCGAUAAUGAACUAAAUGUGAACUCGAAUAGCCUAUAACGAGUGAACAAAUAAUACACUUUCAACAAUACGUAAAUUGUGAAGCUAUGUUACGUAGUUUCGAAGUUAUGAAGGAACAGAUGAACAUAUUUGGUGUUCUAAUGUGGAGUUUCAAAACAUUAAUAAAGCACUUUUAAUAUUUGGAUUUUUAAUUCAAAUAAAAAAAUAAUCAAAAAAUUUAACCCGCUGUCAAAUCCAUUUCAUACAACCCAUCUGCUCGGACUAUGAACAGCCUAAUUAGCACCUCUUCACAAAUAAAAUGUCAACUGAAACCAAUGAAACCAUCGCAGGUGAUAACUCCUCCGAAAAUCAACCAAAACUUGGAAUAAACUCAUGGAAACCAUUAGAACAUCUUGGUGAUUCAUUAUCACCAAAAAAUGGCUCCAAUAAUGCUAACAUGCGAAGAAAUGCAAGUUUUGGUAAUAUGUUACCAUCAACAACAAAAGAGUCGAAAGUCAGAGUAAUUUAUACUGGUGGAACUAUUGGAAUGAUGCGAAAUGAAAGCAAUGUACUAAUACCAAUUCCAAAUGCGUUGGUCAAAAUGAUACGAAAAUAUCCAAAUAUGCAUGAUCAAGCUUAUGCGGAGAAAAGAUUUGGCACUGCAGCUGGUAUGGCACCUUUGAUUCUUCCAUUCAUUGAUGGUAUUCCAAAUCGAGUUGUAUACACGAUUACUGAAUACAAUCCACUUUUGGAUUCAAGUAAUAUGACAACUGAUGAUUGGGUCCACAUUGCCAAGGAUAUUCAUCAAUCAUAUGAAUUUUUUGAUGCAUUUGUUGUCCUCCACGGAACCGAUACUCUAGCCUACACUGCUUCAGCCCUAUCGUUUAUGUUGGAAAACCUUGGUAAAACUGUUAUCAUAACUGGCUCACAAAUUCCAAUAUUCGACACACGAACUGAUGGCAAGGAUAAUUUCACCACAGCCUUGAGCAUAGCUGGAAACUAUGUAAUUCCUGAGGUUUGUGUCCUCUUUGGCAACAAACUCAUGCGUGGUAAUCGAACCAUCAAAGUAAGCUGUGAUGACUUGAAUGCCUUUGAUAGUCCAAACAAUGUCCCAAUCGGUCGAAUUGGAAUCAAUUAUGAAAUUGACUAUCGUUUGAUAUUUCGUCCUUGCAAUAUUAGUCGUUUUGUUGUACAUGCUGAUAUGGAUGUUAAUGUUGGUCUUUUACGACUCUUCCCGAGUAUAACUAGUUCAACGUUUAGGGCAUUUUUAGCGCCACCUAUGAAAGGUGUAGUCUUGCAGUCUUUUGGAUCUGGUAACAUUCCUUCGAAUCGAAAGGAUAUUCUGGAAGAAAUUCGAGCUGCUUCGGAACGUGGUGUGAUUAUUGUUAAUUGCACGCAGUGUUCAAAUGGAUCGGUGGCGGAAAUCUAUGAUACGGGGAAGGUUCUGAAAGCAUUGGGUGUGGUGCCGGGCUAUGAUAUGACACCUGAAGCAGCUGUUACAAAGUUAUCUUAUGUUUUGGGAAAACGUGAUUGGACCUUGGAAUACAAGAAACAGGUAAUGCAAUCGAAUAUCCGAGGUGAGUUAACUGCUGAAAGUCCACUAAUGGAAGACUACGAUCUUAUAGAAGCAGUUGCUAGAUCAUUGCACUUGUCAUCACCUGCUGAACUUUCUCAACUAGGAGCCACUCUAUUUCCAGCAAUGUUAAAUGCUGCAGUUUUAGCUGGGGAUAUCAAAAAGAUCAAUAGUCUCAAAGCUUAUGGUGCCGAUUUGUCAGGUGUAAAUCAUGACAAUCGAACAGCUUUACACAUUGCCUGUCACGAAGGCAACCUACCCAUCGUCAAUCUUCUACUACAACAUGGAGUUUCUGUUCACAUUCGCGAUCGUUACGAUCGCACUCCUUUGAUGGAAGCUGUCAGCGUUGAUCAUCAUGAAAUUAUUCAAUUACUUUUAAGUUGUGGUGCUCAUUUGACUGGAUCAAUGCGAGCAAUUGGUGAACAGCUGUGUUCGGCAGCAGCAAGAGGAUCAUUGCUAAGAUUGCAGUCAUUUCAAUUAGCUGGAGCUGAUCUGGCACAAGUUGAUCAUUCGGGGAGGACGGCAUUGCAUGUUGCUGCAUUGCAUGGGCAUGUUGAGAUAGUUGAAUAUUUGGUGAAAAAUUAUGAUGAUAUAAAUGGAAAGGAUAAAUUGGGCCUGACAGCAUUGCAAUAUGCAAAAAUGAUUGAACAUGAAGAAGUUAUUAAAUUAUUUGGUGAUGGUUCUUCGUAAUGAUCUUAAAGUCAAUUUUGAUUAACCAGAUAAGAUCUCACAAGAGGCUCUCAGUUAAAUUAGUAAAUUAAAAUAAUUAUUGUAUCAUAAUUCGAAUAUAUUUAAAACUAUUUAAGUUCGUUUGCUUAAAAGUGUUAUUAUAAAUAAAGUAACGCUUUGCCAUACAAAAAACUGAACAAAUAUACAAAAAUUGUAUUUUAGCAAACAGACAAUAAUAUUGAAACUCAAUGUAAACCAAAAUAUAUGUACAUUAAAUAAACU